AUGGACCCAAACUUGGAGUUCUACAGGAGCAUAUUGCAUCUCGGGCCUCGAGAGCGCCGCGAACGCAUGCAACAUCUUCCAGAAUCAGAAUGCGAUAGAGUUAGGAUAAUCAUUGAAAGGGAGGAGGAUACCCGGAGGCGAGAAGAGGCUAUUGCGGGGCGAGAUCUCGUCCAAAUGGCGUUGGAAAGUAUAUCCGAGAUUACAGAAAAUCACUAUUUGGAGUCUGCCCUGCUUGGCCGAACAACCUACUAUGAUGACGAGUGCAUGAUGAUAAGACGCAUUACGAACAGAAUUGCAGACAGCAGUUCGACCCUGGUCCACAGAAUCGCACUCUUUGAUCAACACAUGGAUCCUUUCUGCUUAGACGCCUGGAAAUUAGUCUACUGCGACGUGUGCUACGUUGAUGGGAGCAGUGCUACACUACAGGAAAUCUACGAGUCACGCCUUCGAGAAGAGGAGCUUCAAACUCCUGCCGAGCAAGCCAGAGAGCUUGUGCGAGACAAGGACCUUAAGAUUGGUCGGAGAAAUGCCAAAUGGAUGAUUCCUGCUAUCGAACGUCUUUCAGCAGAGGAACGAGACGAGCCAGAUCAGGAAGAAAGAGAACUCAGAGACAAACUCUUGCAACAGGGGAAAUACGACGAACUCGUGGAAAGACUCGAGAAACAGCGAAUAUAUACGGAAGCCCUGCAAAGACUCUGGAAACAGGUAUCUCCUUCACCACCAGCUUGGAUUCAGAAGGUCCUUGAGACUGGAGAAGAAUUUGGAUUUGUCUAUUACAGGUCCAGAGAGGUGUACCAGUCGCGCUAUAACUGGAACUCAGUUUGGAGUCGAAUUAGGAAUACCUGUUCGCCAUUGAGGGUAACCUGGGCUUCUAUCCAUUGUCAAGGUAGAGACAACUGGAUGAAGUUGAGUUCGCUCUCAGUUGAGCAUUGGCCUGUAUUCUCUCCUGAUGAGAGCAUGACUGAGGAUGAGGACCUUCGAAAGCACUUCAAAAAAUACUGCCAGGAGAAUCGUUCCAAAACCGAAGAGGAUGAAAAGAAGAAGAAGAAGAGAAAGAGGAAGGGCACAGAGGACAAUGAGACUGUGCUGUCCCCUGGAAUUCUACGCAAUACUUUCAUUGUCAUUCCUAUCGAAUUCGUUUCCGGCAAUCUCAACAUUGAGGAAGGUGAUUUUUAUGAUCCUUGCUGGGUUUGGGCAUAUGACGCAGACUGGGACGGUUCAGAAGAAGAGACGGUCGUCGAUGGGGAGACGUACCAAGGUCGCGUCAAGGUGGCGAAAUGGUCGCUUAACUCCUGGUUCUAUGCUGCUCGCUGGGAAGGGGUGAGUCUCCGGGACAUGUGGCUCAAAGCGCAGCAGCAUCCGGACAAGUACUGGAUCUGUUAUACAAAGGAAUUAGAAGAAUGGGAUCACGAGCCAUAUGUUUAG